GGUAUCGAUGGCGCCAACCAGCAGCGGCGGCAAAAAACGUAAUAACUUUACAUGGAUAACUGUAUCUGUAGUCCUUGGCACCAUUUUUGGCCUACUGUUGCUUGCACUCAUCCUGAAAGGAAGAAGAAUAAUAUGUUUCCGCCAGACCUUGCCCAACGAUCGCCCUCUGCUUAAACCGAAAGAAACAGUCUCAACAGCUGCAAUAACAAACCCUCAGUUUUCUGAUCAAGUAAGACAAGAUAACACUUUACGUGGUGAAAUAGGAGUUCAACACUGCGCAAACAUUGAGGUUGUUGACCAAUCAAGUGGCCGCACUCCUCUUCUGGCAACUCUUCAAGAAGAGCAAAGUCAUCAGCAUGAGAGAUGCACAGCAGCUCCCUACAAGAUCCCAAGACCUGCAAAUCCAUCUUUAGCUUCUGAUUCUAGGGGAAGCAUUGAACUGGAACAUCUGCACAACAACUUCUGCUCCCAAGUCGAUAAUUGCUCCACUGCCCCCUAUAAGGCUCCAAGAAAUCUAAACUCAUCAUUACCUUCUAAUUUCAAGGGCGAGUCACCAUACACGCCAGUACAGAGUAGCAACGACUUGGAAGUGCCCUGCGAAAGCUUGAAACUGCUUGAAAAAAUCGGCGAAGGAGAGUUUGGUCAGGUGUGGAAGGGUGAGGCAAAGUAUGUGGGUCGUACUCAAGGUUGGUCAGAAGUGGCAGUUAAAAUGUUGAAAGAAGAAUCCUCCCUGUUGGACUCGCGGGAUUUGUGGUAUGAGCUGAACUUGCUGAAAAAACUUCAAGCUGUACCUCAUCCUAACGUAGUACAACUGUUGGGCUGUUUGACAAAAGAUAUCUUCCAAUGCGAAGGACGCGAAUUUAAGCCUCCUCUUCUUAUCCUGGAGUUUGUCCCACAUGGCGAUCUCCUUGGAUAUCUUAAGAAAAGUAAAGGAGAGACAGACGACUUCCCACGGAAAAUAUCAACAGAACAACUUUACAAAUUCGCAAGCGAUAUUGCAAGAGGAAUGGCGUUUAUAUCAGCUCAAAAGUUCAUUCAUCGGGAUUUAGCGGCGAGGAACAUUUUGGUUGGAGAAGGUCUUCGCUGUAAAAUUACUGACUUAGGAAUGACAAGACACGGAGGCGAGGCGCAAAUUUAUGUCAGAAAAUCGAAGGGAGUUGAACCACUGCGGUGGAUGGCAGUUGAAUCCCUGGAUAGAGAAGUUUUUACCACAAAAAGUGACGUGUGGAGUUAUGGCAUUGUCCUGUAUGAAAUAUUUACACUCGGAAAUUACCCAUACUCAGAAAUGAAGGGACACGAAGUCCAUAAAUACGUGUCAGAUGGUCACAGACUAGAAAGAACGUCACGUGUGAGCCUAGAAUUGUAUGAUUUGAUGCUUCAGUGCUGGGACCAAGCGCCAUCCAGGCGACCGACAUUCGAAUCCAUUGCGACGUGGAUGGAAACUUAUACUCAUCACUAAUGCACUGAGAGUAGGAAUACCAGCCAAAUAAAAAGCACAGUACAGCACAGUGUUCAUCAAUUAACUCAAAGCAAUCGAAAUGUUAGAAAUGUAAAAUAAAUAUUCAAACUAUAAUAGUAAGUAAGUAAGAAACCUUUAUUUCAAUAGGAUAGCUCCUUCAGUUUUUGCACAACAUAAAAACUGUUAUCCAUAGCGGUCCUACAUAUAUGAUAACCUAAAUUGACUAGAAAUAAUGGUGAUUCCCAAGUAUAUUUAAA